AUGCCAGCUCCAGCAAGCUUUAGUAACUACAUCGACACGCACGCAGAUACUAUCAGCAGCGAUGCUCGUCGGCGCCAGGACGUCAUUAUGAUGGGAAACUGGUUGAACGGCCAGUUGAACGAGCUUGGUGUCGAGACCAAACUCAUGGAUCUCGGCACGCACGAGAUGCAGGGGCAGACGCUGCAGCUCCCCCCGGCCAUCAUCGGACGCCUGGGGAGCGAUCCUGCGAAGAAGACAGUGCUGAUAUAUGGACAUUACGACGUGCAGCCUGCGCUGAAGACGGACGGCUGGAAGACGGACCCGUUCACGCUUGUGGUGGAUGAAGACUCGGGUCGCUUGAUCGGUCGUGGCUCGACAGAUGAUAAGGGCCCUAUUUUGGGCUGGUUGAAUGUCAUAGAGGCACAUAAGAACUUGGGGAUUGCGAUGCCUGUGAAUGUGCGAUUUUGCUUUGAGGGUAUGGAGGAGAAUGGGAGUGAGGGGCUGGAUGAGUGUAUCCAGGAGGAGGUGAAGAAGGGGAAGGACGGGUGGUUUGACGGGGUUGAUUGCGUGUGCAUCAGCGACAACUACUGGCUGAACACCCGAACGCCUGCAUUGACGUAUGGGCUGCGUGGUAUUGCGUAUUUCAGCAUCAAUGUUACUGGGCCUGGUCAAGAUCUCCAUUCAGGGUUAUUUGGGAGGACGGUGCACGAGCCCAUGACAGAUUUGAUCAAGCUCAUGAGCAAGCUUGUGGAUCAUAAUGGCGAUAUUCUGAUACCUGGCAUCGACGACAUGGUCCCACCCCACGAUGAGGAGGAAUUGCGCCUUUACCAGAAGAUGGACUAUACGACGGAAGAUAUUGAGGAGGCUGCUGGUGGAAAGGAAAAAAAGACUGUCGUGCUAAUGGGCCGGAUGCGUCAGCCAUCCCUGUCCCUCCACGGCAUUCAGGGGGCAUUCUCAGAGGUCGGUGCUAAAACUGUCAUCCCUGCCAAAAUUGGCGGGAAGUUCAGUAUUCGCCUUGUUCCCCCGCAAACUCCGGAGAAGAUCGUACCCCUUGUCAAUGCAUACCUUGAAGCCGAGUUUGCAAAGUUCAACAGCAAGAACAAGAUGGAGGUAGAGUAUCUACACGGCGGUAAACCUUGGGUUGCAGACGUCAGGCACUGGAACUUUGAAGCUGCAAAGAAGGCUAUCGAGGCUGUGUAUAAGAAAACACCAGACUACACGCGCGAGGGAGGCUCGAUCCCCGUGACGCUGACAUUUGCGGAGAGCCUGGGCGUAAACGUAUUAUUGCUGCCUAUGGGCAGAGCAGAUGACGGAGCUCACUCGACCAACGAGAAGCUGGACCGAUCGAAUUUCAUUGAAGGGACGAAGGUCCUGGGUACCUACUUGUACGAGGUUGGUGCUGCUGCAUGA